AGAUGGGUUCAAUUUCUGCAAUUCAUCACAUCGAGUUUAUUGUAUCAAAUGCACUGCAGAGUGCGUACUGGUAUUGUAGUGGUUUUGGUUUCGAAAAGUUUGCAGAAAAAAUAACAGAUGAAUCUACAAGCAUUGCGUUAAGAAAUGGAACAGCCCGCGUCAUUAUCACUUCAUACAACUCACAAAACAUCUACACCGACCAGUUAAUCAAACACGGGGAUUUCAUAAAAGACGUUUCAUUUCGAGUCGAUAAUUUGGAUGCAGUUUUACAGAACUUGGUGGAAAAUGACAUCAAGGUAAUUCAACAAAGUGAAGUCAGCACAAAAGAUGGAUUAGUGCGGACAGCGACGUUGCUUUCAGAGGGCGGUGAUGUCACUCACACACUUUUUGAGCUGGGAGAAUUCAAAGGAAACUUUCUCCCGUUUUUCACACCGAUUUCUAAUUUUGAAUUGUUCGAAAAUAUAGAAAAAAUGCCCGCAAUCCUUAUGGAUCAUGUAGUUCAAAACUAUCCAAUUGGGGAGAUGGAAGCAGCCGCCGAUUGGUAUUUUAAGACAAUGAGGCUUAAAAGGUUUUGGUCCGUAGACGAUAAAGUUGCAACAUCAGAAUUUUCUGCCAUGACCGCUUGGCUGUUAGUAAAUGAUGAUCAUACUGUACAGGUUACAUUAGCAGAAGGAGUAAAGGGACGGAAGGGAAAAAGUCAAAUUGAGGAAUUCAUUAAUUAUCAUGGUGGCUCAGGAGUUCAACAUUUUGCUUUAUUAGUUGAAGAUAUUAUAUCUGCAGUCCAAAUAAUGAAAAGCAGAAGCGUGGAGUUUCUCACAAUCCCUAGCCAAUAUUAUGACAAUUUGGAAGAAAGGCUAAGCAAAACAAAUUUGAUAGUCAAGGAAGACUUAAAAAUGAUUCGCGAAUUGAACAUUCUCAUGGACUUUGACGAGAACGGUUAUCUUCUCCAAAUUUUCAGCAAGCCAUUGCAAGAUAGACCCACGCUCUUCAUCGAGAUUAUCCAGCGGGCGAAUUUCAAGGGGUUUGGAGCUGGAAAUUUCAAAGCGCUGUUCGACGCAGUGGAACGUGAACAGGAAAAGCGUGGAACCCUUUUUUGAUGCAAUUCUCUACUCAUUUUUUGCCGUUCAAACUUUAUAAUCAGAUUCCAAAAUAAAAUUUCAUCAUGCGUAAAGUAC